CCACUUGUCACCAGGGGCAAUUGGGAAUAAUUCAGUUAGCCUCUCUGCUUAUAGGUACCUCCGGGAUCACAGGAUCUCUACUACUUCAAGAAGACAUCAGCCAUGGCCAUAAAAACACUAAAUGAACUGGAUCAGCUUCGCGACUCCUACUUUGGCCGGCCAAAACCAAGACAUGGACUUCGGCUUCUGUUUUGGUUCAUUCAUGACUUCAUCAAGUUCCACCUCAACCAAAUGGUUGCCAAAGGGGACCCAUACAGUGGCAUAUUUGGCUUCCACCGUUUCUACAAUCGGCCAGAUGAUGGAACCCCGCUUCUCCCCCCUCCAAGGUUCCAGUACUACGAGGUUGGCAACCUCAAGGAGCUGAACGCUUCCCAGUUCCCGGACUACGUCAGGGAAGAAUACACAGGACGCCUGGACAACAGCAACUCUGAUCGCAUCAUUGUGGACAUGAGUGGCAGAAAUGUCAAUAGGCUGUACGUAACUCACCACUCAGACCUCUCAAAUUUCUCACGCAGUGGGACUUACUGCAUCAGCCAAGGCCUGGUAAACAUAAUAAAGAGAAUGGACUUGGAGGAAUUUCUGUCAGAAAUGGGUCAACCAAGGCGAUCAUCUGCAUUAAAGUCAAAUAGCAGGGGUCCGCCAAAGCAGCCGUCUGGGUUACAGACAGGUACAGGGAGUAGGCCUACUGCAAACCAGUCGGCUGUGUCACAGCCAGAUAACAGGAAACAUUCAAAGGAUUCGGUUGUGCUGGAGCUGGGCGUCACAGAUUCACAGAAACAGACAGAUGACUGCUGCUGUUGUAAAUGUAUGGGAUUUAUAUUUGGAGUAGCCCUGAUAAUUGGUGCUGUGGCCCUUACAAUUAAGUUCCUAUCCUGGUAGUUCCCAAACUUUACCAUGACAAUGCCCCCUUACAUGGGUCGUGCUAUACUUUUUUCCUGCCCACCCCCUUUCACGACCAUAGUCUGUGUGUAUCAGUAUCUCACGGGAUAUAUAAAAUAUAGAUUAUCAUACAGUUUGGAAUAUUGGAAUUGGAAUAUUGAUUAGCUGAUUGUGGCUUAUUUUGGUGCACAUUAAUUAAUCAAUUAUUUAUUUUGGUGUGCAACUGUCUGCCAACCUUCCGCGGACCCCCUAGUAUCCAUUUGUGGCCCCCCAGGGGUCCCCGGCCCCCACUUUGAAGACUAUUGGUCUAGAGUACCGCCUCUUUCUGCAGAUGGCCCAUUCACAUUUUUGCUGAAAAGACUCAACUACAUCAUCAUAGCUGGCUAUGACAUUGCAAGAAGUUACAAUUGUUCCAUGUAGCCAAUAAGAAUAUGGGAAGUAAAAGUGAUGUGGACUGAUAAUGAAUAGGGACCUGUUUUUGUGUGUGUAAGGUUUUGAGUUGCAUCUUAUGCACUCUUGGUCUUCUUAUGCCCUGCUGUCCAUCAAACUUAGUUUAAACGAGUGAUAAUGAAAGAACACAUGUGCAUCACUUGAUGAAUGCUGAAGGCCUCUGAACUACAGCUUUUUGUAAGGUUUUGAUUUGUUUGGACUCCUGAUUCAUUCAUUCAUGUGUGUUUGUUGUGCUGUCACUGUUAUUAUUUUACUGUUUGUU